UGACGAUGAAGAUUCCCAGAUGAUGCAGGAGCAAACGAGGCACGGUUGUAUAAGUGCCCCUCACCCCAUCCACGCCGGUCUCUCUCAGGCACUUCUCUGUAGAAACCAUUCUAGUGGCUUCGUGACGCGCAGUUGCCUUUUCGAGUGGAGUCACCCGUCACGUCGCGUGGCACACUUAUACAAUCAAAGUAACAAGUUGAUCCUCACUUGAGCCACAAUUAACCCCAACCCGUGUCUCUCGCAUCUGUCGGUGUAUCGCACAUCAUGGCUCACAUUUCCAAACGACGAAAGCUUUCAGACCUAACUGCAGGAGAUACAAAUGAAUUGCUUGAUAAGCUCGAGGAAUUUCGUUCCAACCUUGAUGAAGGAGACCAGGAUUUGCCUGAUGGUCUGAUGGAUAAACUCCAAGAACUGCGUGACAAAUUGGAAGACGUUAAGCAUACUUCCUUCUCUAGGGUGGAUCCAACCACGCUCCUUUCGUUGAAGAUAUCAUCUGGUCCACUUUUUUUAGACAGCGACAAGAGGCAAGAAGUUGAAACCCUUGGAUUGGCCGAAUCACCAGGGUGCCUUCUGAUUGGUACUACACGAGAUCUGAUAAAUUUAGUGCGCGGCCACGUCUCAACGGUGACGGAAGCUGGAUGUCGCAUCUUGAUCAACAUACUCUUGUUGAGAGUUGUAUCGGUCAUGUGUGCGGGCGCCACGACGGUGAACAUAAUUCCAGAAUUUUCUCUCCCUAGAACGACCUUCAACAGAGACUCUGGCAAAUGUUCGUUUAGUGGCGUCGUCGACUUCCUGGUGACUAAACUCCCGACUCGGUACACCAAUUUCCUCCUGAGCGAUCCGACGACAGCACUGGGGAAUCCUGGGUACAUCGAGGGACCAAUGACGUCCAACAUCUUCGAAGCCAAGCGCGAUAACGCUCGGUUUGCUCUACCUCAGGCUGCAAUUGCUGCGGCUUCGUAUUGUCAACUGCAGGGCUUGUUUACCGUCAGGGGUGUUGUCACUAGCGGAGAAGAAUGGAUAUUCUUCGUGUACGAAAGGCGUGAAGAUGGUACUAGGCUAGUCCGAUCUUCUCCUGAAUACUCUCUGGGACAUAAUCUCGAAGGUCUAGCCUUGAUUCUUGGCCUGUUGCGGGAUUCGAUCGACAACGCAACUAGCUCCGAGCAUGUAUUCUUCACUACGUGACGGGUAUAUGGUCAUACGACACGUUCUCCUUCAUAAGCUUUUUGUAGAGUAUUUGUAUUUGUAUUUACCAUCAGGGAACCCAGGAAAAUAGUCAUGUAUAACAUUUUAUAGUACGCAAUCACAAGCAUGUGCAUAAUUCUGUUCGAUUAUGUAUCACAUAUAUAGUCAUAUUUAUAUGGGAAGCAAGAGUGAUCAGCUUUGAUAACAAAAGGCAAU